CCUCCCCCAACAAGGAGAAGAGAACAGAGAGGAGGAAUCCCACUCCUCCUCGUUUUCCCGUGGAAGUGUCGGGGAGAGCAAAAACAGCCUCCGAUGUUCUUUUCCGCCACAUAGCCCGAACACGGCGAGGUGUGCGGGGCGCCGGCAUUGGCGACAACUCGACUGUUCGACAAUGCUUCGGAACCGCCGACACGUCGGACACGGAGCGGCGGUGACGGUUCUGCUCUUCUUUGGUCACAUCGUCUUAGAUGCUGGCGGCUCGGAAAAAGCCUCACAGAGUCGGGAAGAUUCGCAUGGGAUCGCCCGCAGGCAACUCGACCUUCAGGAUAUCGUGUUUGUCAUCCAGAGUCAAAGCAACUCCUUUCACGUGAGGCGGGCGGAAAAGCAAAGGGCGGAUUUACUGCAGCAGGCACGCGCUCAGUCAGAGAAACCACCAGUGGUUUUGCUGCUCCACAGUUUAUCCGACAACGAAGGAGACUGGAGUAUCCUUCCUCUGCUGCCUUACUUAUCUAUCUCCUUCGGGAAGAAUUCCUCCUGGAUUCUGUUUCUGGAGGAGGAAACCGACGUGAAAAUGACGAGGCUGGUUCAAGUCCUCGCAAAGUUUGACAAAAAUAAAGAAUGGUUUCUCGGGAAGCCCCUCCAUGACGAGGAGUCCACCAUCAUCCAUCACUACGCCUUCGCAGAGAACCCCUCUGUCUUCAAAUACCCCGACUUCUCCGCCGCUUGGGCCUUAAGCAUCCCCCUGGUGGUGCGGCUCGCCGACAAAGUCAGAGAGGAGCCGCUGAAAUCCGACUUCACCAUUGACCUGAAACACGAGGUGGCCUUGUACAUUUGGGACAACGGCAACGGUCCACAUCUGACCGCCGUACCCGAGCUCUGCACUGAACCCGAGGACUCUCCAAGGGCUGACUUCUGCGCCACGACUCUGAGCGCCCAAACUCCGCCCUGUGGGGAGCCGGUGAAUAAAGAAAAUGUCUUUGUGGCUGUGAAAACGUGUAAGAAGUUCCACAGUGAAAGAGUUCCCGUCAUCAAGAAGACCUGGGAGCGGGAUGCCGUGUAUCUGGAAUACUACAGCGACCACGCCGAUCCGGCACUACCCACCGUUAAUUUAGGGGUGCCCAACACCGAGAGAGGUCACUGUGGUAAAACGUUCGCCAUCCUGAAACGAUUCCUCAGCGGCGACGUCCCGCGGACGCAGUGGCUUGUCAUCGUGGACGACGACACGCUGAUCAGCCUCCCCAGACUGCGAGGCUUGCUGAGCUGCUACAGCCCGUCAGAAGCGGUGUGUCUCGGGGAGAGGUACGGCUACGGCCUCAGCCAGGGAGGUUACAGCUACAUCACGGGAGGCGGAGGCAUGGUGUUCAGCCGUGAGGCGGUGGUGCAACUCCUGAAUAGCGGCUGUAAAUGUUAUAGCAACGACGCUCCGGAUGACAUGGUGCUGGGAAUGUGCCUCAACGCUCUAGGAAUUCCUGCCACGCACAGCGCACUUUUCCACCAGGCCCGGCCGGAGGACUACGCCAGAGACUUCCUCGCUCACCAGGUGCCCAUUUCUUUCCACAAACACUGGAACAUCGACCCGGUGGCCGUUUUUAACAAAUGGCUGACAGACGGGGCCAAAAACUCAGCAGGACUUAAUCGGAGCAUUAAGACGGAACUAUGAAAUACUUCAAAUAUGGCCUGUGUGAAUGAAUAUGUUUGUGUGUUACUCAUAGAAAUGUUAUUAAAGUGCGUAUGUGAUUGCAUGUGGUUAUGUAUGAGUGCAUUCAGUGUAUGUACCAUACGUAUAUUGAAUAUGAACACAUCCUGCAUACAGGAAGAUAUGAUAUCUUUCUGUAGUGUUCACAAGGUGCCAUUAAUGCUGUACAAUCUAUUUUGAAAUAAAUGUGGACAUUUUUUGAAGUUGUGUUGUUAAUUAUGGGUUAAAAUAAUUAAAAUU